UCGAAGGGAAAAAACCUUCAUUGACCCACCGCCUCCUCCGCCUUCCCUCUCUUCCUUCUUCUCCGCGCCCCGAUCCCUUUUCGGGGUUCGCUCUCACCGGCUCUUCCUUCUCUCUCUCUCUGAGAUCCCGAUCUCUUCGUUUGAGCUGAGAUGGCGGCAGCAGAUGAGGUCCCAACUCCACAGAUGGUGGGCAAUGCUUUUGUGGAGCAGUAUUACUCUAUUCUUCAUCAACAACCACACCUAGUUUACAGAUUUUAUCAUGAGAAUAGUGUCCUAAGCCGACCUGAAGAAGAUGGUAGUAUGAGCUUGGUGACCACUAUCGAUGGCAUUAACAAGAAGAUCCUCUCUUUAGAUUAUACGAGCUUUAGGGUGGAGAUUCUGAGUGCAGAUGCUCAGCUAUCAUAUAAGGAGGGGGUGAUGGUUGUGGUGACCGGCUGCUUAACUGGAGAUGAUGAUCUGAAAAGGAAGUUUACCCAGUCAUUCUUUCUAGCCCCACAGGACAAAGGCUACUUUGUUCUGAAUGAUGUGUUUAGAUAUCUUGAUGACCACAAGUCUGUUGACUCUCGUUCUGUGCCUGUAAAUGAUGCUGAUGAAAGUGCCCCAGCAGCUUCUUUCACCCCAGAACCUGAGCCCACUCAUGUUCCUGAAAACAUUCCACCGAGCCAAGCUGCUGUUGUGGAGACUGAUGUUAAUGCCAAGAAAGAAGGGAAUGAACAAUUAGAUAACGGGGAGUUAUCAGUAAAUGAAAAGGUGGUGGAUUCUGAUACUGUGAAGGAGUCAAGUCAGCAGGAAAGUCAACCAGUCGUUGAGAAGCCUGCAACUAACGCCCAGGAGGAUGCUCCAAAGAAGUCCUUUGCAUCCAUUGUGAAUGCUUUGAAAGAUAAUGCUGCUCCAUUCCAUGUAAGGACAUCACCAGCAAAGCCUGCUGAACAACCACGUGUUUCUAGCACUCCAGUUCCUGAAGCACCAGCUCCCAGCAGUAAUCCUGCACCAGAAAAGAAUAAUGAUAAUGCAGGCAAGGCUUAUGCAAUAUUUGUGGCGAAUUUGCCAAUGAACGCAACAGUAGAACAACUUGAACGGGAAUUCAAGAAAUUUGGGCCCAUUAAACCUGAUGGGAUUCAAGUCAGAAGCAACAAGCAACAGGCAUCUUGUUUUGGUUUUGUGGAAUUUGAAUCGGCUAGUUCAAUGCAUAGCGCACUUGAGGCUACUCCUAUCAUAUUGGACAAUCGCAAACUUUCUAUUGAAGAAAGGCGAGCUAACAGCGAUAGAGUGAAAUAUUCAUCAGGACGGGGUGGAUUCCGAAAUGAUAACUAUAGGGGCCGUGGCAAUUUUGGUGGUGGUCGUGGUUAUGGUAGGAAUGAUGGUGAAAAGCGAGGUGAGUUCUCAGGUAGACCUCGAGCACGCAAUGGAGAAACUGUGCCCAGGCCCUAUCAAAACGGUGGAAGAGCUGCACGUCAGGAAGUGAAAGCGCAAUAGAGAUAGAAGCACAUCCUUGGCAGGGCAAAUUUUGAGCGACAGCAAGAGUUUUCUAUAGGUAGCGGCGUAUUGAAUUGAGGAUUUCGGCUGGGAUUAGAGUUAAUUGCUUAAUUUAGCUUAGUGAUGGUGGUUCUACGCAUUUAUUUUGUUAAGCUACGAGACUCGCGUCUGCUGGACCCCCACUUGUCUCUUUCCAAUUUUUCUUUUCUUUUUUUUUUUUAUAUCAAAUUUUCCUCAACGAUUCUUUCGGAAUUGGCCUAAAUAUAUUUGCUAUUUUUCUACAAUUUCUGCUA